AUGAGUGUGGGGGCCAUCAAGGCUGCUGUGGAGGUCGCCAACCCUGGCUCCUUCAUCUUUGUCUUCUCGGAUGCCCGUGCCAAGGACUAUCACAAAACAGAGGAGGUGGUACAGCUCCUGCAGCUGAAACAGUCACAGGUUGUCUUUGUGCUGACGGGGGACUGUGGUGACCGCACCCAUCCUGGGUACCUGGCCUACGAGGAGAUUGCUGCUACCAGCUCAGGGCAGGUGUUCCACCUGGACAAGCAGCAAGUGACAGAGGUACUGAAGUGGGUGGAGUCAGCAAUCCAAGCCUCCAAGGUGCACCUGUUAUUCACGGACCAAGAGCAAGAGGGCGAGCACACGUGGAGACUCCCCUUUGACCCCAGCCUGAAGGAGGUCACCGUCUCAUUGAGUGGGCCAGGGCCUGAGAUCGAAGUCAGAGACCCGUUGGGAAAGAUCCUGCAGAAGGAUGAAGGCCUCAACGUACUCCUCAACAUCCCUGACUCGGCCAAGGUUGUGGCUUUUAAGCCUGAGCACCCUGGGCUGUGGUCCAUCAAGGUCUAUAGCAGCGGCCGCCACUCGGUGAGAAUCACGGGCAUCAGCAGCAUCGACUUCCGGGCUGGCUUCUCCACGCAGCCCUCUCUGGACCUCAACCACACCAUCGAGUGGCCCUUGCAAGGGGUGCCUAUCUCCCUGGUGAUCAACUCCACGGGCCUGCAGGCACCUGGCCGCCUAGACUCGGUGGAGCUCUCACACAGCUCGGGGCGGCCCCUCCUGACUUUGCCCGUGAGAUCCCUCUCCAAUGGAUCCACCCAUCAGCUGUGGGGCGGGCCACCCUUCCUCGCCCCCAAGGAGCGCUUCUACCUCAAGGUGAAAGGCGAGGACCACGAGGGAAAUCCCCUCCUUCGUGUCUCUGGAGUUUCUUACAGUGAGGUGGCCCCAGGCGCCCCCCUGGUCAGCAUGCCCCCCAGGAUCCACGGCUACCUGCACCAGCCCCUGCUCGUCUCCUGCUCUGUGCACAGCGCCCUCCCCUUCCGGCUACAGCUGCAGCGGGAUGGAGCCAGGCUGGGCGAGGAGAGGCAUUUACAGGAGUCAGGAAACAGCAGCUGGGAGAUCCCGCGGGCCUCCAAGGCCGAGGAAGGCACGUACGAGUGUAUGGCGGCCAGCAGGGCUGGCACUGGACGAGCGAAGGCCCAGCUCGUCGUCACAGACCCCCCACCGCAGCUGGUCCCUGCCCCCAACGUGACCGUGUCCCUGGGGGAGACUGCCAUCCUGUCCUGCCAGGUCCUCGGUGAGGCCCCCUACAACCUCACAUGGGUCCGGGACUGGCGAGUCCUGCCGGCUUCGACGGGCCGAGUCACCCAACUGGCCAACCUGUCCCUGGAGGUCAGCGGCGUUGUCUCUAGUGACAGCGGGAGGUACCAGUGUGUGGCCAGCAAUGCCAACGGAGUCACAAGGGCAUCUGUCUGGCUCCUGGUGCGAGAGGCCCCACAGGUCAGCAUCCACACCAGGUCCCAGCGCUUCUCUCAGGGUGUGGAAGUGAAGGUCACCUGCUCAGCGUCUGGGUACCCCCCACCCCACAUUUCCUGGAGCCGUGAGGGCCGUGCCUUGCAAGAGGACAGCAGAAUCCGUGUGGAUGCCCAGGGGAUUCUGAUCAUUCAGGGCCUAGCCCCAGAGGAUGCUGGGAAUUACAGCUGCCAAGCUGCUAAUGAGGUUGGCACAGACGAGGAGACAGUCACCCUCUACUAUGCAGACCCACCAGCCAUCUCUGCCAAAAAUGCCGUGGUGUUGGCUGCUGUCGGGGAGGAGGCUGUGCUGGUGUGUGAGGCAUCCGGGGUCCCCCAGCCUCGGGUCAUCUGGUAUCGAGGGGGUCUUGAAAUGAUUCUCGCCCCUGAGGGCUCCAGCUCUGGGACGCUGCGGAUCCCGGCGGCUCAGGAGAGGGAUGCUGGCGUCUACACCUGCCGGGCUGUCAAUGAGCUGGGUGACGCCUCUGCAGAAAUCCAUCUGGAGGUUGGACAUGCGCCCCGGCUGACAGAGCUGCCUCGGGAUGUCACCGUGAUGCUGGGGAGGAGCGCUCUCCUGGCGUGCCGGGCCACGGGCCGCCCACCCCCAAUGGUCACCUGGCACCGCAGAGACGGCCAGCCACUAAGGCCCCGGCAGGGCAGCAGGGCUGGGCAGCCCGAUUCAGGACUGCUGUUCAUUGAAAGAACAUUGGUUUAUGAAAUUGAUUUGUUUAUAAAAGUGCCGCCUAGAAUCCAUCCCACUGCCACCCACUACGUCACCAAUGAAGGGGUUCCAGCCUCUCUCCCCUGCGUCGCCUCAGGAGUUCCCACCCCCACCAUCACCUGGACCAAGGAAACCAAUGCCCUGACCUCCAGGGGUCCCCACUACAAUGUGAGUAAGGACGGCACCCUGGUCAUCACCCAGCCGUCCACCCAGGAUGCAGGGGCCUAUGUCUGCACCGCCACCAAUGCUGUGGGCUUCUCUAGUCAAGAAAUGCGGCUUUCUGUCAACACCAAGCCCAGGAUCAAGGUGAACGGGUCACAUGAUGCAGACGUGCCUCUGAGAGUCACAGCAAAGGCUGGUGAAGAGGUGACCCUGGAAUGUGAGGCCCAGGGCUCCCCAACCCCACUGGUCACCUGGACGAAGGACUCCCGCCCUGUGCCGCCUGUCACUGACAGGCAUGGCCUCCUCCCAUCGGGCUCCCUGCGUCUGGCCCAGGGCCAGGUGGGUGACAGUGGCCAUUACGAGUGCACAGCCAGUAACCCUGCGGGGUCCACCUCCCGUCGCUACAUCCUCAGGGUGCAAGUCCCCCCUCAGGUGCAGCCGGGUCCUCGGGUCCUGACGGUGCUGGCAGGAGAAGCUCUAGAUCUGAACUGUGUGGCUGAGGGCAGCCCCGCGCCCCGGCUGAGUUGGUCCAAGGAUGGGGUGACCCUGUCGGGCGAAGGGCCUGAGGGCUCCAUUCACUUCUCAGACAUCAAGACGCCCGACGCUGGGAUGUAUCGCUGCGAGGCCUCCAACAGUGCCGGGGUGGAUGCUUGGGCGCUGGAGCUCAGGGUGCUGGAGCCACCGCACUGGGGGGCUGAUGAGACCAGUGGCCUGCUGGAGAGAGUGGCCGGACAGAACGCCAGCCUGCCGUGCCCUGCCAGAGGGACACCCAGGCCACAGAUCACCUGGAGGAAGGGCCCAUCCUCGGAUCCCCUGCAUGGCCGUCCAGGUGUGGCAGUGCUGGAUGAAGGGUCUCUGUUCCUGGCCUCUGUCUCGCCCACAGACAGUGGAGACUAUGAGUGUCAGGCCACCAAUGAGGCGGGCUCUGCGUCCAGGAGAGCCAAGCUGGUGGUCUAUGUGCCCCCCAGCAUCCGGGAGGACGGACACAAGUCCAAUGUGUCGGGCAUGGCCGGGCAGCCCCUGACGCUGGAGUGUGACGCGAAUGGCUUUCCAGCCCCCGAGAUCGUGUGGCUCAAGGAUGGGCAGUUGAUCCCCGAGGUAGGAAGCCACCACCUCCUGGAUGGGGCCCGGUCCCUCCACUUCCCCAGGAUCCAGGAGGGUGAUUCUGGCCUCUACUCCUGCCGGGCGGAGAACCAGGCCGGGACAGCCCAGAGGGACUUCAAUCUCCUUGUGUUCACCCCUCCUUCUGUGCUGGGAGCUGGGGCCGCCCAGGAGGUGCUAGGCCUGGCUGGUGCAGACGUGGAGCUGCAGUGUCAGACCUUGGGGGUCCCUACGCCGCAGGUGGAGUGGACCAAGGACAGGCAGCCUGUCCUUCCGGGAGACCCUCACCUCCAGCUCCAGGAGGACGGCCACGUUCUCAGAAUCGCCAGCAGUCAUUUGGGGGACGAGGGGCGGUACCAGUGUGUGGCCUUCAGCCCCGCCGGCCAGCAGGCCAGGGACUUCCAGCUCAGAGUCCACUCACCCCCCACCAUCUGGGGCUCCAAUGAGACAGGAGAGGUGGCUGUCAUGGAGGGCCACCCGGUGCGGUUCCUGUGUGAGGCCCGAGGAGUUCCCACCCCUAACAUCACCUGGCAAAAGGAUGGGGCCCUGCUCCCCCCCAGCGCUGAGGUGGUCUAUGCCAGGGGUGGUCGGCAGCUGCAGCUGGGGAGGGCCCAGGGCUCGGACACCGGCAUCUAUACCUGCAAGGCCAGCAACGCUGUGGGGACCACAGAGAAGGCCACCAGGCUGGAGGUUUACGUCCCACCCAUCAUCGAGGGUGCUGGUGGAGGACCCUACGUGGUGAAGGCUGUGGCCGGGAGACCCGUGGAACUGGAGUGUGUGGCCACAGGCCACCCAACCCCCACCCUCUCCUGGUACCAUGAGGGGCUGCCCGUGGCAGAGAGCAACGGGACGUGGCUGGAGCCGGGCGGCGACGUGCUGCGGCUGGAGAGCCCAGGGGAGGCGUCCGGAGGCCUGUACAGCUGCGUGGCCAGCAGCCCUGCUGGGGAGGCUGUGCUCCUGUACUCCGUGGAGGUGCAGGUGCCCCCGCAGCUCCUGGUGGCUGAAGGCUCGGGCCAGGUGACGACCAUCGUGGGACAGCCCCUGGAACUUCCCUGCUGGGCCUCAGGCUCCCCGGUGCCCACCAUCCGGUGGCUGCAUAAUGGCCGCCCAGCAGAGGAGCUGGCCGGGGUGCAGGUGACCUCACAAGGGGCCACACUGCACAUUGACCGUGUGGAGCUGGCCCACGCAGGCCUCUUCGCCUGCCAGGCUACCAACGAGGCAGGCACUGCCGGGGCCGAGGUGGAGGUGUCUGUGCAUGAGCUCCCAUCCGUCAUCAUCAUCGGGGGUGAGAACAUCACAGCCCCUUUCCUGCAGCCUUUGACCCUCCAGUGUGUAGGGGCUGGGGUGCCUACCCCAAGCCUCCGCUGGUGGAAGAAUGGGAUGGCCCUGGCAGCCUCAGGGGGGAAACUGCAGAUUGAAAAGGUGGACCUGAGGGACGAAGGCGUCUACACUUGUGCCGCCACUAACCUGGCUGGGGAGAGCAAGAGGGACGUGGCGCUAAAGGUUUUGGUGCCCCCCAACAUUGAGCCAGGGCCAGUCAACAAGGCAGUGCUGGAAAAUGCCUCAGUGACCUUGGAGUGUCUGGCUUCGGGCGUGCCCCCUCCUGAUGUCUCCUGGUUCAAGGGCCUCCAGCCUGUCUCUGCCCAGAUGGGAGUGGCAGUGUCAGCUGAUGGGAGAGUUCUGCGCAUUGAGCGAGCUGGGCUGUCCAAUGCUGGGAGCUACCGCUGUGUGGCCUCCAAUGUGGCAGGCAGCACGGAGCUGCGGUUUGGCCUGCGGGUCAAUGUGCCACCGCGAAUCACACUGCCGCCCAGCCUGCCAGGCCCCGUGCUUCUCAACGCCCCCGUCCGGCUGACCUGUAAUGCCACUGGGGCCCCCAGCCCCACACUGAUGUGGCUGAAGGAUGGAAACCCUGUGUCCAUGGCAGGGACCCCCGGCUUCCAGGUCUUCCCUGGGGGCCGGGUCCUCACCUUGGCCAGUGCCCGGGCCUCCGACUCUGGCAGCUACUCCUGCGUGGCUGUAAAUGCAGUGGGCGAGGACCGCCGGGAUGUCAUCCUACAAGUGCACAUGCCCCCGAGCAUCCUCGGAGAAGAGCUGAACGUGUCCAUCGUGGCUAACGAGUCAGUGGCCCUGGAGUGCCAGAGCCACGCCGUGCCCCUUCCCGUGCUGAGCUGGCGGAAGGACGGGCAGCCCCUGGAGCUGCGCCCGGGGGUCCGCCUCUCCGCAGACAAGGCCUUGCUGGAGGUGGACAGGGCGGAGGUGUGGGACACAGGCCGCUACACCUGUGAGGCCCUGAACCAGGUGGGCCGCUCGGAGAAACACUACAACCUGAAUGUCUGGGUUGCUCCAGUGUUCCCCUCAAGGGAGCCCCGCACCCUGACCGUGAGCGAGGGGCACCCUGCCAGGCUGUCCUGCGAAUGCCGGGGCAUCCCCUUCCCCAAGAUCUCCUGGAGGAAGGACGGUCAGCCACUGCCUGGGGAGGGGGCCGGCCUCGAACACGUGUCAGCUGUGGGGAGGCUGCUGUACCUGGGACAGGCCCAGCCAGCCCAGGAGGGAACAUACACCUGUGAGUGCAGCAACGUGGCGGGGACCAGCAGCCAGGACCAGCAGCUGGAGGUGCACGUUCCCCCUCAGACUGCUGGCCCCCGGGAGCCCCCCACACAGGUCUCUGUGGUCCAGGAUGGGGAGGCCACCCUGGAGUGCAACGCCACCGGGAAACCCCGGCCAACAGUGACCUGGGAGCGGAACGGCCACCCCGUGGGGGCCGAGCCUGGCCUGCGGCUGCAGAACCAGGGCCAGAGCCUGCGUGUGGAGCGGGCACAGGCUGCCCACGCCGGACACUACACCUGCGUGGCUGAGAACGUGGCCGGGAGGGCGGAGAGGAGGUUUGCAGUCUCCGUGCUGGUGCCCCCAGAGUUCCUUGGAGACUUGGACCCACUGACCAACAUCACUGUUGCCUUGAACAGCCCCUUGACGCUACUCUGUGAAGCCACGGGGAUCCCCCCCCCGGCGGUCCGCUGGUUCCGAGGGGAGGAGCCCAUCAGCCCCAGGGAGGACACCUACUUCUUGGCGGGUGGCUGGAUGCUGAAGAUGACUCAGGCCCAGGAGCGAGACAGAGGUCUCUACUCGUGCCUGGCAAGCAACGAGGCUGGGGAAGUGCGGAGGAACUUCAGCGUGGAGGUCCUGGUUCCUCCCAGUAUUGAGAAUGAGGAUCUGGACGAGGUGAUCAAGGUCCCUGAGGGACACACUGCACACCUGACAUGUAACGCCACAGGCUACCCACAGCCCAAGGUUACGUGGUUCAAAGACGGCCGGCCCCUGGCUGGGGGAGACGCCCACCACAUCUCCCCAGAUGGAGCCUUCCUGCAGGUCCUCCAGGCCAACCUGUCCAGUGCUGGCCACUACUCCUGCAUCGCAGCCAACGCCGUGGGGGAGAAGACAAAACACUCCCAGCUUAGCGUCCUGGUCGUCCCCACCAUCCUGGGAGUGACCGAGGACAGUGCAGACGAGGAGGUGACCGUGACCAUCAACAACCCCAUUUCUCUGAUCUGCGAGGCGCUGGCCUUCCCUUCCCCCCAGAUCACCUGGAUGAAGGACGGGGCCCCUUUUGAGGCCUCCAAGAACAUCCAGCUGCUCCCAGGUACCCAUGGGCUGCAGAUCCUGAAUGCCCAGAAGGAAGAUGCCGGCCAGUACACCUGUGUGGUCACCAAUGAGCUCGGGGAGGCCAUGAAGAACUACCACGUGGAAGUCCUCAUCCCACCUUCCAUCUCCAAAGAUGACUCCUUGGGGGAGGUCAGCGUGAAGGAAGUAAAGACCAAGGUCAACAGCACCUUGACCCUGGAGUGUGAGUGCUGGGCUGUGCCCCCACCCACCAUCAGCUGGUACAAGGACGGACAGCCUGUGACCCCCAACCAGCGGCUCCACAUCCUGGGGGAAGGGCGACUGCUCCAGAUCCAGCCCACGCAGGUGUCAGAUUCAGGACGCUACCUGUGCGUGGCCACCAAUGUAGCUGGUGAGGACGACCAGGACUUCACCGUGCUCAUCCAGGUGCCCCCCAUGUUCCAGAAGAUGGGCAACACCAGUGCAGCCUUCGAGCUCUUGUCCCAGGAGGAGGAAGUUCGGGGCGGGGUGACAGAAUAUCGGGAGAUCGUGGAGAACAACCCGGCCUACCUGUACUGCGACACCAAUGCGGUCCCACCCCCGGAGCUCACCUGGUACAGGGAGGAUCAGCCCCUCUCAGCCACGGAUGGGGUGUCUGUGCUGCAAGGAGGCCGGGUCCUGCAGAUCCCCCUGGCCCGAGCGGAGGAUGCUGGCAGGUACUCGUGCAAGGCCUCCAACGAGGUGGGCGAGGACUGGCUGCACUACGAGCUGCUGGUGCUGACCCCACCUGUGAUCUUGGGUGACACUGAGGAGCUGGUGGAGGAAGUGACCGUCAAUGCCAGCAGUACCGUCAGCCUGCAGUGCCCGGCCCUGGGCAACCCCGAACCCACCAUCUCGUGGCUCCAGAAUGGGUUGCCCUUCUCCCCGAGCCCACGGCUGCAGAUCCUGGAGGACGGGCAAGUGUUGCAGGUUUCCACUGCAGAGGUGGCCGACGCUGCCAGCUACAUGUGUGUGGCCGAGAACCAGGCGGGCUCUGCAGAGAAGCUCUUUACACUCAGAGUCCGAGUCCCACCACGAAUUGCAGGCCUGAACUCGGAGCAGGUCACCGCCAUCAUCAACAGCAGCAUCUCCCUCCCCUGUGACGUCCACGCUCACCCGAGUCCCGAGGUCAUGUGGUACAAGGACAGCCAGGCCCUCUCCCUGGGUGAAGAGGUCUUCCUCUUGCCUGGCACCCACACGCUCCAGCUGGCGCGAGCACAGCCAUCGGAUUCCGGGAUGUACAUGUGUGAAGCCCUCAAUGCUGCCGGCCGAGACCAGAAGCUAGUGCAGCUUAGCGUGCUGGCUCCCCCCACCUUUAGGCAGACUCCCAGCAGCCCCCAGGAUGUGGUCCUGGUGCGGGCCGGGGACAAGGCCAUCCUGAGUUGUGAGACAGACUCACUCCCCGAGCCGGUCGUGACCUGGUACAAAGAUGGGCAGCCCCUGGCCCUGGUGCAGAGGACCCAGGCUCUGCAGGGUGGGCAGAAGCUGGAGAUCCUGGACACACAGGUGUUGGAUAAAGGUGUGUAUAGCUGUAAAGUGAGCAACGCAGCCGGGGAGGCCAGGCGGACCUUCAUCCUCACUGUCCAGGUGCCCCCUACGUUUGGGAACCCCAAGACAGAGACAGUGAGUCAGGUGGCUGGUAGCCCCCUGGUCCUGGUCUGUGAUGUGUCCGGGGUCCCCGCGCCCACUGUUACUUGGCUGAAGGACAGAAUGCCGGUGGAGAGCAGCAUGGAGCAUGGCGUGGUCUCCCGGGGGGGCCGCCUCCAGCUGAGUCGCCUGCAGCUGGCCCAGGCUGGCACCUACACGUGCGUGGCCGAGAACGCCCAGGCCAAGGCCCGCAAGGACUUCGUGGUGGCCGUGCUGGUGGCCCCCCAGAUCCGGAGCUCGGGCGCCACACAGGAGCACAACGUGCUGGAGGGGCAGGAGGUGCGGCUGGACUGCGAGGCCGAGGGGCAGCCACCGCCAGAUGUGUCCUGGCUGAAAGACGGUGGCCCGCUGGGACAGGGCAUGGGCCCCCACCUCCGCUUCUACCUGGAUGGUGGCUCCCUGGUGCUGAAGGGCCUCAGGGCUUCGGACUCUGGCGCCUACACCUGCGUGGCCCACAACACCGCCGGGGAGGACGCCAGGCUGCACACGGUGAACGUGCUGGUUCCUCCCACCAUCGAGCAGGCAGCAGACAGCUCGGGGACGCUGGUGAGCAGGCCUGGGGAGCUGGUGAGCAUGGCCUGUCCCACCCGGGGCUCCCCGCCCAUUCACGUGAGCUGGCUCAAGGAUGGCCUACCCCUUCCGCUCUCCCAGCGCACACACCUCCAUGGCUCUGGCCGCACCCUCAGGAUUUCCCAGGUGCAGUUGGCAGAUUCCGGCGUCUUCACCUGCGUGGCUGCAAGCCCGGCUGGGGUGGCCGACAGGAACUUCACCUUGCAGGUGCACGCGCCACCUGUCCUGGAGCCAGUGGAGUUCCAGAAUGAUGUGAUGGUGGUCCGUGGCUCCCGGGUGGUCCUGCCAUGUGAGGCCCGCGGCAGCCCCCUGCCUCUCGUCCCCCUGCCUCUCGUGUCGUGGAGGAAGGAUGGGGAGCCCUUGUUGCCCCAGAGCCUUGAGCAGGGGCCUGGCCUGCAGCUGGAGAGAGUGGGAGCUAGUGACUCGGGGGCCUACUCCUGCGUGGCCGUGAACGAGGCGGGGGAGGCGAGGCGGCACUUCCAGCUGAGCGUGAUGGAUCCCCCCCACAUCGAGGACUCAGGCCAGCCUGUGGAGCUGUUGCUGACCCCCGGUGCCCCCAUGGAGCUCCUCUGUGAUGCCCGGGGCACUCCCCAGCCCAACAUCACCUGGCAUAAGGAUGGGCAGGCCCUGAGCAGGCCGGAGGACCAUGGCAGAGCCGGGCGGGUGCUCCGGGUGGAGGGUGUGCAGGUGGGCGAUUCUGGGCUGUACACUUGCCUGGCUGAGAGCCCUGCAGGUGAAGUCGAGAAGAGCUUCUGGGUCAGGGUUCAAGGCCCCCCAAAUGUUGUCGGGCCCCAAGGCCCCCGCUCCGUGGUUGGCCUGGCCCCAGGGCAGCUGGUCCUGGAGUGCUCGGUAGAGGCAGAGCCAGCGCCUGAGAUCGAGUGGCACCGAGACGGCAUCCUGCUGCAGGCAGAUGCCCACACACAGUUCCCGGAGCAGGGCAGGUUCCUCCAGCUGCAGGCGCUGAGCACGGCAGAUGGCGGUGACUACAGCUGCACAGCCCGCAACGCCGCGGGCAGCACCAGCGUGGCCUUCCGCGUGCGAAUCCACAUGGCGCCCACCAUCCGCCCGGGCCCACCUGCGGUGAACGCCUCGGUGAACCAGAUGGCCCUGCUGCCCUGCCAGGCCGACGGUGUGCCCCCGCCACUCCUGAACUGGAGGAAGGACGGGGCCCCCCUGGACCCUGGGAGCCCCAGGUUGGAGGUCCUGCCAGAGGGUUCCCUGAGGAUCCAGCCAGUCCUUGCCCAGGAUGCCGGGCACUACGUCUGCCUGGCGUCCAAUUCUGCUGGCUCCGAUCGGCAAGGACGUGACCUCCAGGUCUUUGAGCCUCCAGCCAUUGCCCCCAGCCCCUCCAACCUGACCCUGACCGCCCACACACCAGCAUCACUGCCCUGUGAGGCCAGCGGCUCCCCCAAGCCCCUGGUGGUCUGGUGGAAGGACGGACAGAAGCUGGACUUCCACCUGCAGCAGGGCCCCUACCGGCUCCUGCCCUCCAACGCCCUGCUGCUCACAGCCCCCAGCCUGCAGGACUCAGCCCUGUUUGAGUGCGUGGUGAGCAAUGAGGUGGGAGAGGCUCGCAGGCUCUACCAGGUGACUGUUCACGUGCCUCCCACCAUUGCUGAUGACCAGACGGACUUCACUGUGACCAAGAUGGCACCCGUGGUCCUCACGUGCCACAGCAUGGGCAUGCCAGUGCCAGCUGUGUCCUGGAGCAAGGCAGGCACACGGCUGGGGGUGCGGGGGAGCGGCUACCGUGUUUCGCCCUCGGGUGCCCUGGAGAUUGGGCAGGCCCUCCCCAUCCACUCUGGCCGCUACACCUGUACAGCCCGCAACUCCGCGGGUGUGGCCCACAAGCACGUGGUCCUCACUGUGCAGGCCUCCCCCGUGGUGAAGCCGCUGCCCACUGUGGUUCGGGCAGUGGCAGAGGAGGAGGUGCUGCUGCCCUGCGAGGCCCUGGGCAUACCCCGGCCAACCAUCACCUGGCAGAAAGAAGGGCUCAGCGUCCCUGCAGGAGUGAGUACCUGGGUCCUACCCAGCGGACAGCUGCGGAUUAGCCACGCUAGCCCAGAGGAUGCUGGAAACUAUUUUUGCAUCGCCCAGAACAGCGCGGGCAGCGCCAUGGGGAAAACGCGACUGGUGGUACAAGUCCCUCCUGUGAUUGAGACCAGCCUCCCUGACCUGUCCGCCAUCGAAGGCUCCCAUGCCCUCUUGCCCUGCACGGCCAGGGGCAGUCCCGAGCCAGACAUCGCCUGGGAGAAGGACGGCCAGCCUGUGUCUGGAGCCCAGGGGAAGUUCACCAUCCAGCCUUCUGGGGAGCUGCUGGUGACAAACUCGGAGGGCCAGGAUGCGGGCACCUACACCUGCACUGCUGAGAACGCCGUGGGCCGGGCCCGCCGCCGUGUGCACCUCACCAUCCUGGCACUGCCAGUGUUCACCACCCUGCCUGGGGACCACAGCCUGCACCUCGGGGACAGGCUGUGGCUUCGCUGUGCAGCCCGGGGCAGCCCCACGCCCCGAAUUGGCUGGACUAUCAACAACCGGCCAGUUACAGAGGGCGUGUCUGAACAGGAUGGGGGCAGCACGCUGCAGCGGGCAGUGGUCACCAGAGAGGACAGCGGGACCUAUGUCUGCUGGGCCGAGAACAGAGUGGGCCGUGUGCAGGUGGUCAGCUUUGUCCACGUGAAGGAGGCUCCUGUCCUACAAGGGGAAGCUUUCUCCUACCUGGUGGAACCAGUGGGGGGCAGUGUCCGGCUAGACUGUGUGGCCCAUGGAGACCCAGCGCCUGACAUCCGCUGGCUCAAAGACGGCCUUCCACUGCGGGGCAGCCGUCUCCGCCUCCAGCUGCACAAUGGCUCGCUGACCAUCCCCAGGACCGAG